AGGGCUCAUGCUGUCCUGUCUGCGGCACUGCAACAUAUUAUAUACACAUUCCCCCAUUGUUUGAAUGCAGGCGAUGGUAGCAGCACACGACGCAGCACCUUUGAGCAGAGGGUAAUCUCCACUCUGGAAGCUCUUAGAGAGAGCAUGAACCAGCUCCAGCGGAACCCUUCCAUCACCCAGACUGAGAUCACCGAGCAGACCCAACUCCAGCAGCAGUUGAUGCAGAACCUGGUCACCUACAGCCAGAUCGAUCCUCAGCUGGUCAACAAACUCAUCUCUCUUCUCACGUCUGACAGGGAGGGACUUGAGAGUUCUUCCACAGACCAGCUGGAGCAGCUGCAGCAGAAGAUCCUGGGAGCCCACGAGAAGACGUACCAAGAGACGCAGGAACACUUCCGCAACCAGGAGGCCCUCCAGAGAGCCUUACAACACACUCUAGAAGAACAGGCUCAACAGCAACAGAAGGGUCUGGAAGCCAAUUUCCAGAUGUUUUCAAAAAUGAUGCAAGAGCAGCUCAGUGAACAGCAGAAGAAAUUCGAAGAAGAGUUCAACCGACGAAAAAAGAUGAAAGAAGAAGAGGAAGAGGAGGAAGAAGAGCCGAGGGAAAAGAGGAAAAAGAAGAAGAACAAGGAGCGCUCGAAGAAGAAGGACAAGAAAAGGAAGCACAGGAGACACUCGGACAGCGAGAGUGACAGCAGUCAUUCGGAGGACGAAGGAACGAUGAUGAUGUCUGGACACGCUGCUGAUAUGCCGGCUGUAAAAACGAUGGAGGCAAAGAUAUACACGCAGGAACUCCUGCAAGAUACCACCACUCAACCAAAACUGGCAAAGGGAAGGCAAAGAAGAACGUCUGACGUUGAGUUCCUUCGAACCACUGAAGCUGUCAGCAAAAAUUUUCCGAUUGCUGAUAGCGAGCCUGUUGAUGAUGAAGACGAUGAAGAGAUGUACUUUCAGCACGCUCGUCCGGUCACGAUCCGCCGGGCAGACAUCAAGGUUCAAAGACAAGAUGAAUACACUCCCAGAAGACCCAGCAAUGACAGUGUAGAGUACCUACUUCACCAGGGGCAACUGCAGGUUGCUGGAGCUACUAGGCCACCUCCAACAAGUGAAGGCCAUUUUGAAGAUUUCCACAUCUUGAAGACCAGACCUCCAAAACAGCUAAGUGAACCAGUAAAGCCACCAGACUUUGACGAGAAAGACCUUCGAUAUGGGCAACAUGUAGAACUGAACGAGAGAGAUAAACCGAUGAAGGAGCUGAACCCACUCUCUGGUGCAGGUGGAGAACUGGCCGCUGCCCUGAGACUACGACAGAAGCAACUGAAGAACAGAGAGCACUAGCGACCGCACAACAAAACCUUUUUAACCCAUUUCACACCACACAACAAAACCUUUUAACCCAUUUCACACCAUACAACACCAUGGUCACCGAUUGGUAUAAUAAUUAUACUUGUGCAAUCCCUUGCACACAAGCUUUCUUUUAACUCCACACACAUGCCUUGUUUUAUAUCUCGUUGUUGGUUUGUGCAAACAAGUCUCAAAAAUAGGGUUUGCACACAGACAAGAGUAUUCUUAGUAUGAAAUUGUGUUGUUUUAUGUUACAGCAGCUACCCAUUUUUAUGUGUUUUACAUUUCAAAAAACACUCAAAAUACACGUGUAAAAGUAAAAACGACUCAAAAUUAAUGGGAGUGAUCAAGAGAAAAGUGUUAUAAACAAACAAAAUUGUUAACUAAAAAUAUUUACCAAGUGAUAAGGCGGGCAAUGGGAAGACAAUUACUACAACAGCAAAAUAAUUAUUGUCCGUUUUCAUUCCAAAAAACAAUCCGAGAAAUGAUAAUUUAAUGAAAGGUGAGGAGGAUUCACAAGUGAUUUUUGCCUAAAUUGGCUAGAGUACAGUUAGAGAAACAAGUUUAGUGAUACAUAUGGGACAUCUGUUAGUAUGUUAGUUAGCUUGAAUAGGUUGUGGCAUAUUAUUAAGUGAUAGAAGUAGCUAUAAGUGAUAGAGUCAAUAUUACGUUCCUCUAGCUGCUUGCUCCCUGCACACUCCGCUUACUGGCAAGAUAGCCUGGAUAGGCAAACUGGGAGUAUGGCAUCCAGCUAGUGGCAGCCGCUGCCGCUGGUAGAGUGUGCAGGUCUUGAGGAGUGAAGGUUGCGUAGGUCGAAGAGGAUGGGGGAGGUACGUGGGUCAUGUAGCUAGCGUAGUUACCAGAAGUGAUUGGAUUGCAGUAGGCUGUCGGGGAAAAUAAGAGAGAGAAAGAGAGAGAGAGAUUGAUAAACUAGCUUUCCAGCAGGCAAAGGUAGGCUACAAAUAGAACAGCAGUGAGCCAGAU